CGGCGGUUCAAAAAGCUUUGCACGACAGAUCGAAGAAGAGUCGGAACAACAAGGGAGAAUAGUCGGAAGAGGGGAGUUAUGGAUCGCAGUGCACAAAAAAAAGGACGGCUCCUACAUGAAUGAUGAAGCAAGAGCAAUCGGUGAAAGAAUUGAGGAGAUCGAGCAACAUGAUGAGUCAUCUAGGGUGUUGUCUCAGAAUGAUUCCAUUGCUCAGGUUUUCGGAAAAGAAAAACCGGGUAGAGUACGUGGUGUGGGUUUUGGACCGACUCCUAGUCAGCUCUUCGGGCCAAAUUCACAUGGGCCUGGCAACGGAGUCCAACUAGAGGAGACUCAGAGGAAGCUGCUUGAACUGGAGGCACAGCUGGAAGGCGAGAAGUUAAAGAGGAAGGCGAUGGAGGAUGAGGCAGCAGCAGAUAAGAAAAAGAUGAAGGCGAUGGAGAGUGCUCUGAUUUAUCUGUUUCAACGGCAGGGUGAGGAGCUGCCACCAGACAUCGCUGCAGGGAUGCGUUUCGUAGAAUGAUAGAGUGAAUACUAGAAUAUUAGGAUUGGAGAUAUGUUGCAUUGAAGCAAACAUUUUAUUGAAUUAGACUGAGCAACUCUUUGAAAGAGAUUUCUUUUUGUUCGUAUUUUCAUGGAUAUAUAUAUUUCCUGUUUUGCUUA